AUGUCAACGUGUCCUCAGUGCUAUACGGGGACAUGCAAGCGUCACAAGCUUCAGGAUAAUGGACGAUCCGUAAUCAAGAGUACAAAUGCUGAAUCAACAUUACAGAAGAUGUAUGAUCAGCUUGUAGGUUCUAAGCUACAAAGAUUACAGGCUGAGGCUGAGAACGAGUCGUGUCAACAACAUACACACGAGUUUCGUAAGAAACUGGACGCGUCACGGGAUAAAAUAAUGCGUAAGAGCCAUGGAUCGCAGUCUAAAUUGGGCAAUGUAAGUGUCAGUGGUAGUGGUUUGAAUCCUCAAGCAUUAGCUGCGAUUUAUGGAGAAGAUUCAAGUGUAUCAGAUGAAGAAGAAGACGAGAAGAAGAAGAAGAGACGUUGUAAACAUUUUUCAACUUUUGAGAAGAAACGAAGGAGAAUUGAUAGAGAAGGUGGGAGUUUUAGUGAUGAUAAUGAUGACGAGGCACAGAAUCGACAAAAGAGCUCGUCGUCGUUGAAGAAGCACAGUCGUCACAGUCACUAUAAGAAGAGUCACAAGAUGAAGAAACACCAAAGCAGAAGAGCUGAUGGACGCGACUAA